AAAACGCAUUAUAAUUUUUCGCGCUACACUGGCUAAACUUUCUUGUUUCUGAAGAUUUUAUAAAAUACAUUAACCAAGGAAGCGUUUUAUUUGAAGUUUGUAUUCUGUUAUGGAGGAAUAUUCGUCUAUGUACAGCUAUUUCUCAUGGUCUUUGGAGUUGUUUGGAAUUUUAUCAUUAUAUUCAUCGGUUGUAAUCCCGUUUGUUUUGCUGAGUAACUACUUCAGGAACAGAUACAAAUUGCACAUUUCCAACGACAGCACGAGUUCUUGGCAUGCAAAAGCAAUGUACAUAUGUUUCGUACCUGACGUUUAUUCUAUAGAACACGUUCAGAAUGAGGUGGAUCUACCGAUCCCGAUAUUUAUGUCUGCAACGCCACACGGACUGCAUUCAAAGCUGACAUGUUUGGAAUGCAUCGAUUCCUAUCUACAUUUCAAUCGUAGUACCUCUAGCAGGACUUCGAAACAAUACUAUAUAUUAUUGGCAUUUUGCUUUUUUGGUCUACAAUCGUCCUACUUGUUAUGGGGAGUAUUACAAGAGAGAAUUAUGACCAAAAUGUAUGACAAUGAGAGGUUUAAAAAUUCACAGUAUCUUGUUUUCUGUAAUCGUGCGAUGGCAUUAAUUAUUUUGAUACCUCUACACUUUCUACAUAUUGGGUUACUUGUUAACCCUUGGAAAAAAGGUCAAAAAGCUCCUUUCAUCGAGUUUGCAUAUGCUUCUAUCAGUAAUGUGAUCAGUAGCUGGUGUCAGUAUGAGGCCCUCAUUUACAUUUCCUUUCCCAGCCAGGUUAUUCUUAAAGCCUGCAAGGUUUUACCAGUAAUGUUUAUGGGUAGAUUUAUUCAAAAGAAACUGUAUAGUUGGCGAGAAUAUUUUACAGCUGCUAUUAUUUGUUUAGGUAUGGUUAUGUUUUUUUACACUAAUCCUGAACAAACUCAACUUUCAAAUGAAAAGAUUGAUAAUACUCAAUUUCUAUUAUCAUUUAGUGGAUAUCUAUUGAUUAUUGGCUAUAUUGUUUGCGAUUCCUUCACAUCAAAUUGGCAAGAUUAUAUGUUUCAAACAUAUAAACUCACUUCAUUACAAGUAAUGGCUGGUGUCAAUAUUUGGUCUAUAUUUCUCACUUUAAUCUCAUUGAUUGUACAUGGUGAAUUAAUUCCAAGUAUACUAUUUGGAUUAAAUCGUCCCAAAUUUAUUUUCGAUGUUCUAACAUCAUCAUUAUGUUCAGCAUUCGGUCAAUUGUUCAUUUUUCUUACUUUGUCUCAAUUUGGAGCGGCCACAUUUGUAUUAAUCAUGACAUUAAGACUUGGCCUAUCUAUGAUACUUUCAUGUAUUAUUUUCUCUCAUGAAUUACAUCCGAUUGCUAUAUGUGGUGUAGUGGUUGUUUUCUUUGGUUUAUUUUUAAAAAUGUUUUUACGUCAGAAAAAACCUCUUUCACUGGAAAUUUGUGGUAUACCUGGUGGUAAGUGAUGACUAUCAAUGCAUUAUUAUUUUCUGUUUAAGUUAUUCCUCUUCUCUUUUUAAUAUUCAUUUCCUUUUUUCAAUUUUGUUAGAAAGAUUUCCAUGUUUACAUGCUAUUUGUUGUACUUGUUUUAUGAACCAGAAUUCUGUUUAUUUGUAUAUAUACAUAUAAGUAUACUUGUGACACAUUAAGUCCCUCAUUUUCGAUUCCUGUCAGAUAAGGAAUACAUUCAUAUUCUAAUGCUUCUUACAAAUCAAAGUUAUUCGUUGUCUGUGAUAUUUUAGCUUACUGCCUUAUUAUGAUGUAUGUUUUACACAUAUCCAAAGAGAAGAAAUUUAUUGUUAUUCGUUUAUUUAUUUUAUCAUGUUAUUUUCCUCUUUCUAUAUGUAUUGUCGAGUAGUUCUUUGAGUAAAUUGUACUUACUAAUAUAUUUGUAUGGUUUCAGGUCUUUGUGUUCUAACUGAGAUACUUUCACGUUUUUGUUUAUUAUUUUGUUACUACAAUUUACCUAUAGAUUUAGACACUACUUCUACAUUGGAAACAAACCAACAAGAUUGACAUAUGUUUCUGUCCUCUAGUAUUUUAGCCAGAC